UAUUUUGGUAUGCAAGGGUCAGGGAAACGCAAAGACUGGGAAAUGGGAAAUCGGGGUCUGCACGAUUCGACUUUGUCAAAAAGACGUUUCGUGGACGCUGACACACCAUCAAAUAAAAUAAGCUCGGGUCGUCUGGCAGCAAUGCUGGAUGGCGGGGUUUGGGCUGGAGGACUCGGAGGAAAGUCAAUUGGCGAGUACUUUUUAGUCUUCCGGCUUUGA